AUGAGUACAAGAAAGAGAAAGGCUGAAGACGAGGAGCUCGUCGCUCUUCCCUCGGAUGAGAGCGAAGAGGAAGAGGAGUAUGAAGAUUCCGACGCCGAAGCCGCAGCAGCAGUGUCUGCUGCAUCCGAUGAGGACGAUAGUGACGAGGACGAAGAAGCACUAGAAGAAGAGGAAGUUCAAGAAACGGCACCACCAUCUAAAAAGCGCAAAGUUGUCACCAACAAUGUAUCUGUCGAUGAGGAUGAAAUUGUUCCUAUCGACGACGACGAAGAUGGCGAUGACAACGAAGCCGAAGCCGAAGCCGAUGAUGAUGGAGUAGAAGAUGAUGAAGAUUCCGCUGCCGAGGAUUCGGUUGGCGGUUCUGGGCCUACCAGUAAAGCUGCUGAAAUAAAGGGAGGAGUUGUUCCUGAAGAGGACGAUCUGGAUGAAGUUCCAGAAGCUCUUGCUGAUGAAGAAGAUGAUGAGUAG